AUUGAACGGUUCCCUUAACAGAACAAUAAAGACCACAUUACUAUAAUAUGUUAUCUGCUCCAUUCCGUACCGCCUUGAGGGCCCCACUUGUGUCCAGAGCUGUUGCUAGACCAGCCAUGAUUGCCAGACCAACCAUGAUGAGAUUCCAAAGAAACUACUCUGCUCACCACGAAGAAACCUUUGAAGAAUUCACUGCUAGAUACGAAAAGGAAUUCGAAGGUGCUUACGAUCUUUUCGAAGUCCAAAGAAUCUUGAACAACUGUUUCUCUUACGAUUUGGUUCCAGCCCCAGUGGUUAUUGAAAAGGCCUUGCAAGCAUGCAGAAGAGUAAACGACUACCCAACUGCCGUCAGAACCUUUGAAGCUUUGAAGCACAAGGUUGAAAACAACUCUCAAUACGAAGCCUACUUGGAAGAAUUAAAGGACAUUAGACAAGAAUUGGGCAUUGACUUGAAAGAAGACUUGUACGCUGAUGAGGCUUAGAAAAACCCACCCCACCCAUUACAUUUACUUCCAUUGUGUCAUUCAUGGAGCAACAACGUAGUUUGUUGUUGCAAUUAUAUUGUAUAUCUCUCAAUAAAAGGUAUUACUUGAGA